UUGUUUGUUUGGGGUGAGGGAAUACGUUUACAGUAGUAAUUGUAGAGCCCGUUCUCCAAAGAGACAUGGAAUUCUGUCCUCUUUUUGAUCUCGUAUAGUUAAUGAGAACAUGACACAAGUCUCUUUGGUCUGGUCCCAGAAUAGACCGUCUCAUUGACUUAAAUCGUCUUAAACCAUCCGCUGCAGUAAUAAGCUAACCUGAGCUCAAGUUUGUGUCAGUCGUGCUACAUUGGGAACUAUAAUUUCAUUGAAUACACUGGAAACUACAAGUCGAGUGUUUAAUAAGCUUCAUGUUUCUUAAAUUGGUUGUUUAGUUUGUUUUGACAGCACCACAGCUUGAUGUGUGGUGACGUCACAGAAGGUCAAAAUGAAUUAGUCGGAGGUCAUCUGACGUCUGAGACUCACCAGCCACUGGCUUCACCCUGGAGGCGACAACCAAAUGCAGACGUGAGCUGUGAAUAUGGGUCAAAUAAAUGUUACGCCCUCUGUGGUUUUGGUGGGGUUUUGAGCUGUGGUCUCACACACACAGCAGUUGUGCCCCUCGACCUCAUUAAAUGCCGCAUUCAGGUUGACCCAGUCAAGUACAAGUCCGUUUUUAAUGGCUUCUCUGUCACUCUGAGAGAAGAUGGUUUCAGGGGGUUGGGCAAAGGGUGGGCACCAACAUUCAUUGGUUAUUCUAUGCAAGGUCUUUGCAAGUUUGGUUUCUACGAAGUCUUUAAGGCCAUGUACAAUGACAUGCUUGGAGAGGAGAAUGCUUAUUUGUGGAGAACCUCUGUGUAUCUGGCCGCUUCUGCCAGCGCCGAGUUUUUUGCUGAUAUUGCACUGGCGCCUAUGGAAGCAUGCAAAGUGCGUAUUCAGACGCAACCCGGCUACGCGAACACCCUGAGAGAGUGCGCCCCAAAAAUGCACGCUGAGGAGGGGUUAAAUGCGUUCUACAAAGGUGUUUAUCCUUUGUGGCUGAGGCAGAUUCCCUACACCAUGAUGAAGUUUGCCUGUUUUGAACGUACUGUGGAGAUGCUUUAUAAGCACAUAGUGCCCAAACCGCGCAGCGAGUGUUCCAAGCAAGAGCAGCUGGUGGUGACCUUUGUUGCCGGUUACAUUGCUGGUGUGUUCUGUGCUGUGGUGUCCCACCCUGCUGAUUCUGUGGUCUCUGUACUGAACAACGAGAAAGGUAGUUCAGCUGUGGAGGUGCUGAAAAGACUGGGACCCGUAGGCGAGUCACCGCCCCACUCGCAUACAAGACUGUCAAAAGCUGUUGAUGAAAUGACUCAUGUUGACAGUCACACAAUAAUACUCAACGGGUUAAACAGGUGUGUGGAAGGGGCUCUUUGCUCGCAUCGUUAUGAUCGGCACGCUGACGGCCCUACAGUGGUUCAUUUACGAUUCUGUGAAGGUGUACUUCCGUCUGCCACGUCCACCACCCCCAGAGAUGCCCGAGUCCCUUAAGAGAAAGAUGGGUCUCCUAGAUUAUUAGAUUACUCUCUUAACAACCGCACACAUAAAGAUUAUUUUCCACAUGUAACACAUGGUUGAAAGCACCAGUGGGCUGUGUGAAUAUCAUUGUGUCUCUGUACGUCUGAGUCUUAGAGUAAAACCCACUAAAUUUUGAAAAAACAUUUGUGUCUGUUUUUGUACUGUAACUUAUUUUGCUGUCAUUAGGCGAUUGCUGUUUGCUGUUUUAAACACUAGAGGGCACUACUAAGGUGUGCAACA